CAAUUGAGAAAAAUAAAAUGUGAAAUUGUAGAAAAUAAAGUAAAAUAUGAAAUUAGAGCGGCCAUUUUGCCAUAUUCCCACCCACUCCUCAUUCCUCUGUUUUCUCUUGGCGCCAAAAUUCAAACACUGUUCGCCAAAAUGUACUUCGACGACUCACAGUCACAGCAGAUUCAACACUACUACGAUGAAGAAGAAGAAGAUGAAGUUUCCAAUUCAGCGGUGUCGUCGCCGCCGUCGCCGACUGCAUGCUCGCAGGGCCACAGAUCCACGCUCAUCCUCCAAACCAAGCAAGGUGGCUCAAUCUGCUUGCUCUGCUUCUCCAACCUCAUCUCCAACCCCCAAUCUCCCACCGUCCACGUGUCCUACGCCCUCUCUCAGCUCUCUCAGGCCAUCUCCGACCCCCCUUUCCUCCGAUCUCUCCUCACCUUCCACUCUCACUUCCUCGUCUCGCCUCUCGUUCACGCUCUCUCCUCCUUCGACGACGACCCCAUCGCACGACAAGUCGUCCGUCUCGUUUCCGCUCUCUGCGAUUUGGCCGGCGCCUCGCUUUCUGCUGACUUCGUCGCUAGGGUUUCCGAUCGCCUCUCUUCCGGUUCCCUCGCCUGGAGUCGCCGUCAGGUUUAUACGCUUCACUGCUUAGGGGUUCUGUUAAACUGCCAGCAGACUAAUCCUUAUGCUCACAUUCGGGACAAAUAUGGCCUCAUUACCAAUCUCGUUGCAGGUCUUCAAUUGCCAAGUGAAGAGAUCCGGGGAGAAAUCCUGUUUGUUCUAUACAAAGUGUCUGUUCUGCAAUACGCAUCAGAGGAUGGUGAUGGAACUGAUAUUUUAUUUGCCUUUUGCCCCAAGCUAUUGCACUUGUCUCUGGAGGCCCUCAUGAAAACCCAAAGUGAUGAUGUCCGCUUGAAUUGUGUAGCACUCUUGACAGUGUUAACGCAGAGAGGGCUUUUUGGGACUGCAUAUGCACUUGAUUCAAACAGCAUGAAUUCAUCAGAAGGAGAUAGCUUUGAGCAAGUAGCAGAACAAGGAAAAGAUGUGAAUCCAAUGAAUGUCUUAUUUACUGAGGCCAUCAAAGGCCCACUUCUUUCAACAGACAGCCAAGUCCAGAUCAGCACUCUGGAUUUACUAUUUCAUUACAUGUCCUGGGAAGGCACUUCAGGCAAAGAACUCCAAGCCCUACUUGAAGAAAACAUUGCAGAUUAUGUAUUUGAGAUACUGAGGUUGUCCGAAUGCAAGGAUCCACUGGUCAAAUCAUGUGUUCAGGUGCUUGAUAUUUUAUCAAAAGCUGAGCAAGCUUUCAAACAGAGGCUUCUUGUCGGGUUUGCAACUUUAGUUCCAGUACUAAAUUAUGUGGCCGAUGUUCCUUUCCAUCCAGCUCAAAGUCAGACAUUAAAGCUCAUUUGGAACUGCAUUUCUGAUUGCCCCGGAAUGGUAUCCUCCUCUCAUAUAGCAGAGCUAGUACCUACUCUAACAAAGAUGCUUAAAAAGCAUUCUGAUGGAGAGAUGGGGAUGGUUGAGGAAACAUUUAUAUUGACCUGCUCAGUGCUUGUAUCUAUCAUCAGAACUCCAUCCGCUCAUGCGAAUUUGAAUCUACAAACGUUGAUUGAAGAAGCAAUGCAACACACUGUUUUUUCUUGUCUAAGUACCUCUGAGAAGCAUACAUGUCAACUUUUGCAUUCCUUGUUCCUGCUUAAGGAGGCUUAUUAUAUGUACAGUCAGGAAGGAAAUUCUACUGAAUCUGCUAAAGUGGAAAUACGACAAUUUGUUGUGAAUGUAUGUACAAAACAUUUGUUACCUUGGUUUGUAACCAACUUCAAUGAAAUGGAUGAGGAUACUGUCCUUGGAGUACUGGAAACAUUUCAUUUGAUACUGCUUCAGGACUCCGAUAACCAAGCAGCGGAACUUGCGAACAGCCUGGUUUCAAGCACAUGGUUCAGUUUGUCAUUUGGAUGCCUUGGCUUAUUUCCUACAGAAAACAUGAAACAGAGGGUAUAUAUUAUGCUCAGUUCACUAGUAGAUGUUCUUAUGGGAAAUGACGCGGGGCAACCCAUUAGAGAUGCGGCUUUAUGUCUCCCAUCUGAUCCCAUUGAUUUGCUCUUUCUACUUGGGCAAAAGAACUCCCGUAAUUUGGAAUUAUCUUCUUGCCAAUCUGCCAUCUUGUUGAUUUUAUACACCAGUUCCUUAUAUGAUGAAAGACUUGCAGAUGAUAAGUUGGUUUUAGCUUCUCUGGAGCAAUAUAUUCUGGUCAACAGUAGUGAUCUCCAAGGUCGGGCCACAGAUCCAAUCACAGUAAUGAGGCUUGUGUAUCUUUAUGGUCUUUAUAGAGGUCUUGCCAAGGUUAACUAUCAAAUCCCCCACAGUCCAGAAGCGGAAAGAAUCCUGUUCGAGACGUUAAGUGAAACUGAAUGGAAUUUGCCUUCUUCAAGAAUUCAUCCAAUAUCAUUGAAAUGGCUGUUCCAAGAAGAGAAAAUCAGCGGGCCAUUGUCUUAUCAGCUUCUGAAAUUUUGUGGAAGGAAUGUAGCAAAUGAUUCUGACAUCAUAGUCCAUGGAAACAAAAGUCGUAUGGUAAAUGUUAAUUCAAUUGCAGAGUUAAUUGCCGGAGGAGAUAAUCAUGCAGCAAUACUUUUGGUGUCCUUAUUGACACAAUUUCUCGAGAAAGGACACGAGCAUGACAUAAUUUCUGUAUUGAAUCUAAUGACAUCUAGCAUCGACAUAUUUCCAACUGUUUCAGACCAGUUAUGCCUGCAUGGUAUCGGAAAUGCUCUCCAGAAUCUCUUUUGCGAAUCAACUCAUAUGCAGUCACCACAGAUGUCCAGAGCCGCCUUAGUUUUAAUAUGUAAAACUUUAUGCUCUGUACACCAUGGAACUCUUUCUGAUGAAGAAUCUUGGCUUGCAGUGACUAUGAAGUUAAUAAAUAUCGUCACUCCAAGAGCUCCAGACGCGUGGAAUCAUGAAUGUCUCUUAGUAAUAGGCAUCCUUGCCUUAGUUUUGCACCAUUCUUCCAACGAAGUGCUCCUGGCACCUUCAAAAGCCAUAGUUCUCAGUACUUCUCUGGUCUGUGCAAUCAAUAGCAUAAUUCAUGCAGCGUGUCUAAAGGGACCGGCAUUGGCUGACCAUGAUGAGGAGACGAGCUCUGGAGAAGUUUUAAUCUUUGUGCUUCUACUAAAUUACUUCUCUUUAAGAAGUUUGCACACUGUUUUACCUGGCAUUGUGGACUGGAAACAUUUCUUUGAUCCUCCAGAUAGGGUGCGGCCGAUUUCCUUUAUCGGAAUCUACUGCUACGACCUCUGCAGACUAUUGCAUUUUGGAUCUGGUUCGGUCAAACUUGUUUCUUCAUACUGCCUGUUGGAGUUGUUUAACAGAUUGUCCGAUCAGCAGAACAGAACAGGGAAGGAGAUUAUAUGCACCAUGAAGCACCAAAUGUCUAUAACGGCUGUCCUCGAAGGCCUUAUUUUCUACACUGACCUCAGAGUGGCUAUGAACUGUGGCCUCUGCCUAUCAAUGAUCUUGAAGUGGGAAUCAGCGGGAAUGCAAGGGACAAGUGCGAGUACAAAGAAUAACUGGAGCAGGAUGAUCGUGGAAGAGCUGGCAAUGUCGUUAGCCGUCCCGAGCUUAGCAUCAAAAUCGUUCAUUAAUCUUCACAAGCCUGCAAUUUAUGUCGCAGUCACAUUGCUAAGACGGCAGAAGGUUCCUGAGUGGAUGAGGUCUGUAUUUGACGAUUCUUGCAUAUCUGCAGUAAUUCAAAACCUCGAAGCUCAUAAUCUGAGCACAGAGAUUGUACUUUUAUUUCGAGCUUUACUGAACUCUGAGUUCCUUAAGACGGAACAAAUUGCUAGCGUGAAUCAGUUGCUCCAGGUGUGCAGAAAACAAAAGUACAGCGGCAACAGCCGAGGCGAAAGUGGAGAAGAGGGUAAAAAGAAGGCGAAGGCGGCGACCGUCCUGGACGACAUGGGAGAAGUUUGUGAGUUUCUCAUCGACUUGAUGGCGUCCGAGUCGACUCUAGAUAGGGAUCCAGGAGGAUUACAGGUUGGGGAUAAGAGAUUGUUGGAAGAAAUAGAGCUUUUCUUUAAAACUCAAACAGAAACGAACGGAAGCUAAGAAAAUUAUUUCGGUACUGAAUCCAUCUUGGCGAAAAUGGUGAGCUUCAGCUCAGGGCUACCUUGUAGGGCUCUCAACGAUCUAACCGUCUAUCUCUAGGCCUUCUCACAUAGAUCAUGUCGAUCAAUAAUCACUCGAAUCUAAAAUCAUAUUACUGUUAGAUUGAAUGG